UAGAGAUAGAGAGUGUCGGAUAAUGGGAUUGCGAGAGCGAGGCAUAGAGAGAAACAGACAGAGUGAGAGACAGAGUUGGGGUGCACCUGACCUUAAGAAGGGAGUGUAGCUCCUCUGCUAGCCACACACGCACACGCACGCACACACACACACACACACACACACACAGUGCUAAGAGGCAGUGAGCCAGCCAGCAGAGAGCCUGCCGACCAGCAGCCAUGACAGACAUUGACUCUCUGAACGUGGCACUAAAGGCUAUCAGCGUGAGUACAGAGCUGAUUGAGGAGGAGCUCAAGCCUCAUUUGGACACAUUGCUGGCUGCUCUUUUGGAAAAGAAGAAGGAUGCUGCAGUUGAGAUUGCCACAAGUGGGAUUCUACCCUCACUGGCUCAGGCCUUACGGAGCAGAAGCCCCCUGAGCUGCCAGGUGGCUCUGGUGGUGGCAGAGAUGGCCAGAGAAGCUGCAGUCAGGGAGACGUGCAUUGAGGCAGGACUGGUGAAGGUGCUGGUUCCCCAUCUGAACAGCAAUAACCAGGAGAUGCUGCUGAACACUGGCAGGGCCAUCGGACGCAUCUGCUUUGACAACUCCUACCAACAGAACCAUUUAGUGCAGAGUGGUGUCAUCCCCAGACUGGUGUCCAUUAUCAGGGAGUAUCCAGAAAACGACCCCCUGGUCAACGUCUGCCUGCUGGCCCUCUGUAACCUGGCUGACAUGGACUCUGCGAGGGAUGCCCUGGCAGAGCUGGGUGUGGCAGAUGUGCUGACAUUUCAGCUGAAACGGGCGCCUGAUGGCGAACGCCGACAUGUCAUCCUGGAAAUACUGGGCUCACUGAGUGAGAGCGAUGCACUGAAGCUGCAGUUUGCAGAGUCCGGAGUACCAGAGGCUUUAUCAGAGAUGAUUCGGGGUUUGCAGGGAGGUUCUGACCCCCACGACCUCUGCAGCAUCAAGAUCGCCUCCAACCUCAUUGUGUCUCUGCUUUUAGGAGAUGAGUCCAUGCAAAAGUGUUUUGGUGAGGGAUCAGGUCUGGUGUAUCAGGACGUUCUGUCCUGGCUGCAGAGCUCCAACACCCAGCUGCAGCUGUCUGGAGCCCUGGCCAUCGCCAACUUUGCCAGAAACGACAGUAACUGUGUGAAGAUGCUGGACCUCGGUGUGGUUCCUCAUAUCCUGACUUUGUUGGAGCAGCAUGUCGACGAAGGAGACGUAUCUGUUCAACACGCUGGACUGAGCGCGCUCAGAAACCUGGCCAUUCCUGCCACUAACAAAGUGCGGAUGCUGGAGGACGGCGUGACUGAGAGGAUAAAGACCCUGCUGCGCUCUGACAUGCCGCCAGUUCAGUUCAAACUGCUGGGGACACUACGCAUGAUGGUGGAUGGACAAGGUGAGCACCUCCAGCUGUUAGCAGUCAGUAAUUAA